AUGGACAUCACAGAUAAACUGCUAAAGCAGGAUCAAGAAGAAAUUCCACCAUGGUACUCCAAUCUGAAGAUCAACGCGCAAAGCCAACCUUCUUCUACAGCGGCUGACAUUGCAGAGUGGAAAGACAGUUUGAACGAAGCCUGGGCUGAUCUCUUGGAACUGAUAGAUACUCGCACACAGCUCCUGACUGCAUCUUACGAGCUCCACAAAUACUUCUACGAUGGCAAAGAGCUUCUGAGCCUGAUUCAGGAAAAGCACAAGGAGUUGCCAGAGGACCUGGGCCGUGACGCAAAUACAGCAGAGUCUUUCCACAGAAUGCACAAUGCAUUUGAACGUGAUAUUCAUUCCCUUGGCAUACAGGUUCAGCAGUUUCAGGAUGAUGCAGGCCAUUUGCACACGGCGUAUGCAGGGGAUAAAGCUGCUGCCAUCCAGAAACAGGAGCAGAAGGUGGUGGAGGCCUGGAAGGCACUUCUGGAUGCUUGUGAUGGUCGCCGUACCCAGUUAGUUGACACUGCGGAGAAGUUCCGUUUCUUCAGUAUGGUCCGAGAUUUGAUGUCCUGGAUGGAAAGCAUUAUUAGACAGGUGGAAACAGAAGAGAAGCCAAGAGAUGUCUCCUCUGUGGAACUACUGAUGAAGUACCACCAGGGAAUCAGAGCAGAGAUUGAUGCCAGGAACAGAAAUUUCACUUUCUGCAUUGACUUGGGCAAAACCAUGUUAGCCCGCAAUCAUCAUGCUUCUGAGGAGAUUAAAGAAAAACUGGUACAACUCACAGAGAAGAGAAAAUCAAUGAUGGAUAAAUGGGAGGAGCGCUGGUACUGGUUACGUCUUUUACUGGAAGUGUGCCAGUUUGCGAGGGAUGCUUCAGUUGCUGAAGCGUGGCUGAUUACGCAAGAAUCUUACCUUAACAGCCGUGAUAUGGGUAACAGUGUGGAUGAGGUUGAAAAACUGAUCAAGAAACAUGACGCAUUUGAAAAAUCAACAGCCACUUGGGAUGAGAGGUUUUCUGCACUGGAGAGACUCACCACUUUGGAGUUAUUGGAAAUUCGAAAGAAACAAGAGGCUCUCAGGCAAAGCAUGGAGGCACAACAGCCAGAGUCAGAACUGGAUCAUGAUCGAACACUACCUGGUACUGACCGACAACCAGCUGAUCAAACACAUUUGGAAAAGACACAGGAAGAGGAAUGGAAGAUGGAAGGCCAGAAGAGUGCAGAGCUAACUCCUCAUGUAACAGAUGAACCAUCACUGGUCAGUUACCAAUCUAAAUUCUGUCAUAGUUCCCAUCGUUUCAAGACAACCUAGAAUACCAAUCAUCACCUUGCCUGAAAGUGAUUCCACCUCUUUCAGUGGUUUGCUGUUUUUCUAAUCCAUCUCUUGUUUGUUUGCUUUUGUAUAACCUUUGGAUGUACAGGCUAAGUCUAAACCCAACAGACGGUGCUGAAAAAAUGAUAUUUCUGAGGCUGUAAAAACGCAGGUAGUGGCAUGAAAUUAGCACAAGCACCAGAAAUAAAGAUGUGCCUAGAAAUGAUGAGUUAUAAAGGAAAAUUGGUUUGAAUUUCUGACUUGGCUUUAAACACCAUUAGGGCAGAGAUUUGUCUUGAUAGUAAUGCACAUUAGUGCCUUGAUCUCCUGUUAGACACCCAACUCAAAGUUUGGUUCCAUUGUAAUCAAUGGAAUUAAUCAUCCAGUGGAGAGUAUACCAGAAGGCUGAUGCGACGUCACCCAUUCUGCAGCACAGACCAAAGCAAAUUUCUGCUACAGUUGUUUCUUAAUUGCCCUAAAUUUGCUGGCAUAUUGAAAACUGAAGAUUUCCUAUGAAAGAAUUUGGGCUGCAGCUUAGUAAAAUGCAGAUACAAAUUACAGAAUUGUUAUGGUACAAGAAGACGCCAUUUGCUGUAUUGUGUCUGCACUGGUUCUCUGCAUUUUAACUUUCUGCUGCAUUUUGCCCAUAACUCUGUACAUUGCUUGCAUUUAAAUAAUCAUCAAAUGUCCUCUGAAUGCCUCAAUUGAACCUGCUUCCAUCAGACUUCCAGGCAGUGCAUUCCAGACCUAACCUAUUUGCUGAGUGAAAAAGCUUUUUUUCUCAUCUCACAUUAGCUUAGUUUGCAAAACGCUUCAAAACUGAGCCCUCUGGGUCUCAAAACCUGAAGCACUUAUAGCCAAAUUCAUACAAACUGAGUCUAAUCUAUUUUGCUGCAUCUCAGGAAAAUUUGAGUGUCAGAAAAUAUAGAAAUUAUUGUUACGUGGGUUAUUUUUAAAUAAGGUCAAUCUGAUAUUUUAGUACCUAAGUUACAGUCAUGGAAAAUUGGCAUGUAUACAAUUUUUGGAAGUCUUUUUUUAACCUUUUUAAAAACUAUUUUCACCUUUUCACUUUGCUUUUUAAAAUGCUCUCGCACCAUGCGUGACUUGUGUCAGGAAAUAGGAGCAGGAGUAGGCCAUUCAGCCCAUUGAGUCUGCUCUGCCAUGCAACUGGAACAUGGCUGAUGUUCGAUGUCUUUCCCACCAUAUCCCCAUAUCCUUUGACAUCUUUAAAUCUAGAAAUUUAUCUUCUUCAGUUGAGAACAUACUCAAAGAUUGAGCUCCCACAGCACUCUGGUAUUAUGAGCGAAGAAACUCCUACUCAUCUCACUCUGAAGUCGUCUUCCUUUUGUUCUGAGACUGGGUCCCCAGUGCCAGACCUCUCAAGCAGUGGAAACAUCCUUCCUGCAUCUAUACUGUUGAACACUGUUAUGAAUUAUUGUAUACUUCAAUGAGAUCACUCGCAUUCUCUAAAUUCUAGAGAAAAACAGACCCAGUCCCCUCAGUCUCUACUCAUCGGACAAUCCCACAGUCCUGGAAACCAGUCUGGUGAAUGUUGCAGUGGAAUAUGAUUACUCCCAAUGCCAAUAUGGCUGCUUGCAUAUACAUAAGCAGGCUAUGAUGGCCGUAAGGAGCAUCUGUGCAUGCAUCACAGAUCACAGUGCAUUCCGUGCUCAGUGAUGUCAGUGUCUGCACAUGGGCAGAUGGCAUUCACCAUGACGACCGCACAAAGGGAUGUUGGGAAGAGGCACUGGGGAGACCGAGUGAGAUGGACCUUCAGCCAUCUUGACAAUGUAGCUCUCUGCUGCCUGGCUCUCAUUUGGAGGGAGUAUGCAGACGCAGUGAUCAACAAUGCUUUGGAGCAUGCAGACCGCGAGAGCUGAGGUUAGAUAGUCACCUGUUUGGUUAUGGAUCUGACAAAGAGUUCUGGCUGGGCAGAGGGAGCACCUGGACCAAGUUAUUCCAGAAACAAAGUUAUCCGUAAAAAAACCUUUGCACAGAAAAUUCGGAUGAGCUUCUUGGCAACUGCCUUUUCAUUGCUUCACAAGUGAUGGGGCACUGUAAACCUGUGCAUUUGCAGGCACUGUGCCACUUAGUGAUGGUGUUCACAAUAGACAUGAACUUGUUGCACACCCUCUGCAACAAGUGAAUCCUGCUUUCAGUAGAGACCAAGACCAAAUCUGUACACAGUUUUCCUGUUUGCAAACUUACCAGGGGUCUCUACAAUUACUCCAGACAUCUGUACUCAAAUCCACUUGACUAGAAAGCUAGAGGACAAUGCAGAAUUAUUUCAAUGGCAGGGAUUCAAAGCCCGUAGUGUCUGUGGUAGUUUAUAGAAGCCCUGCCUCCUCUCCUUGCUCCAUAGUUCUGGAGUGGCACCCACUAAGGCUGCAAGUAGCCAAAAUGUGUGCUGUAAUGGAGUGAGAUGUCUGUGAUCCUUUGGAAUUUUCUUUAGAUGAUGAUGAUGAUGAUGAUGAGCAAAAACACUUCAUUUCGCCUCAGGAAAGUGUUUAUUACAUUUCAUUAGUGUUCUGGGGGAGAAAACGUUGAGACGCAAACUCCAUCUUGGCUACCAUCCUGUAUCAAAGUGCUUGUUGCAUACAUGUUUUCAUUAAUUCACAGAAAGUUCCACGUAAAAUACAAAGAAACUGAUAAAAUUAAAAUGCAACAUAUUCUCCUGGAUAUAAUGCAGACGUAUUUGGCAUUAUUGAAGAGUCACUCAUUUUAAGUUACAACUUUGAAUUCUGAUUUUAAAUAUUACCUUAUUAAAGCACAUGCCAUGAUCAUCCUUUUUUUUUAUCCAAAAGUGACAAAUUGGAGGUGGAAUUCAAGUGUUUAUAUUAAUGUCAUAGGGGCCUAUAUAAAGAAGUGUACUUGAUUAAAGUUGCAGUAUUCAUUUUCCUGAUUCUUCUCUUGGGCUGCUGCAAUGUGAAACAUACUGUGUGUACUCUGCACUGAUUUUUGUUACAUGCCUAUUGUCCCUUCAUCUCAAUUGUACACAUAAAGUUAUCAGCUUGAUAAUAGUGCUGUGGUUUCUGAUAUUUCCUUCAGAAUUGGGCCAAACACAGAGGCAUUACUGUCAAUUUAGUUUGAAACUAUCCAAAAUCAGUAACCAGAUUUCUUCUGGUUAAUAUGCAUCAAUGACAAUGUGAACAUAGCUGCAGGAUUUCACUUUUGUUUGGUCUUUCAAUAUGGCUGUGCCAGAAAUUGAAAUCAAAAUAAAUUGUCCAAACGUAAUUCAUGUUGCAAUAACUCCGAGCAGCCCAAGGAAAUUUCCAUGACCACCACAUUUGGAUUGCUUUGUUUAGGAACACUGCAGGGGGAAGGGAAAUUACACUGCAACUUUAAAGAUCAUUUAAAGUUUUUGAAGGAAGUUUGAAUUCAACUGUACAACAAAUAAGCUUUCUCUCCAAAUUAGUACUUCAUAGUCCAGGCAAUUAUGUUAGCAGACCUGAAUAGUGUUCACUGCAAGAGAUUGUGUAAGUUUGUGCCAUUCCAAAAGCAAUGUUGACCAACGUACCUUAUGGAAGUAAUGUACUUUUGAUCGCAUGCCAAACAUGGUUUAUUUGCUAAAUAGGUGUGUUAUACAAUGGAUACCAAGCAGUUCGGUGCACUCAAACAUGUCAUUUAUUGAGGUGGAAAUGCCAUUGUAUUUUGUUAUUAGAUUAGGGAAACCAAAUUGCUGUUGGAUCAAUACCCUUUGGAUUGCCGCUCUCAGUCUGCCUUGCUAUAUCCUACAUAACAGUCUGUUGUCCUGAGAUGGCAUUUGCUCCAGCUUAACCACCAAUAACCUUGUCUUUACUGCUUCUGCUUGAAGUUUGUUUGAAAAAUUAACAUGUCAUGUACAAGAAAGACUUCAGAGAAGGCUAUAAUAUAGGAAUACUUUGCCUUGUCAUUCGUGUUUCUUGAUUCACGUAGACCUAAUGUAGCACUAGAAGAUGAAUGCCGAGUUAUUUAUAAAACUUAAUCAUCACAUUGUUAGUGAACUUGUUACUGUUUUACUUUUAACCAGUUAUCCACCUACUCUUAUUAUGAUAAUAUUGGUCUUGAUUUUACACUUGCUAUUAGAGCCAACUGUGCUGUAGUUCUGAUCUUGAAUUGUGUUAUGGUACUGAGAUGUUCCAUAUUUGAGAGAGCUCAUUGUUUUUAAUAUUUAAAAUGAUAUUUCUGGCAAUAGGAGUGAUCAGGUCUGUCAAUAGCUUUGGGUGUAUGGGGAUGGUGGGUAGUUUUUAAACCCUGAUAUGUUCGGUGACCUGUUCUCCCCAAGAGGAAGGUGUUUUGUUUCAGAUCAGGCUGCAAUGUGCAGUCUUAAUUCUGAGAUCCAUUCUGUCUAAGGAUCAUCUCUGCUGAGUUGCAAGAGCUACCCAAUUUUACUGUUUUAUUCUUUGGAGAAGAAAAUGUACUCAAUCAGAGAUUGACCUGUUCAAAAUGUGAAACCAACUUUCUGCAACAGCGGUCUGCACUCUCUGGAUACUGAACCAAAGUUACUGCUUCAGUAGUAGGAUGAAGCCCUUACUUUAAAUUCUGUGAAGGGCUGUAGGGAAAAAUCUGUGCAGGGGAUCUCUACUUGUCCUUUGUAACAUUGACAGAAAAGCCACCAAAUCCCUGUUUUAAAAAAAAGAACAGUAAAUCAGUCUUUUAAUCACUCCCAGUGGAAUUCAUCCUCAACCACAAGUGAAACUUAUGUCACUUCAGGAUUGUAUGUGCACUUUGUCUGCAACAUGUGGAAUAGUGAUGUAAUGAAAGCAGCUCUACAAAUGUGUUAUAAUUCUAAAAGCCUUCUGAUGACCCAAGGGGGAAACUAGAGAUGGCAGAAAGGAUCUCACAGCCUGGGGCAAAUGCAAAAUGCAUUUGGUGUUGGCACUGAGAUUGCUGGGUUGAUUUACCUCCUGAGCCUCACCCACAUUUUCUAAAUGAACUAUAUCCACACAUAUGUGUCAUAAGUACAACGAUCUGGUCAGCAGCGCAGUCACUGUCACUGGCAGUAAUGUCACUGGACAGAGUAAUCCAGAACCCCAGGCUAACAUUCUUGGGUCAGUGGUUUGAAUCCAGACUGGGCAAAUGAUGGUGUUUGAAUUCAGUACCGUUCUGGACUUAAAAGCUAGCUAGUUGUGACCGUGAAACCUUUGUUGAUUGUUAUAAAAACUCAUCUAGUUCAAUAUUGUCCUUUUAGGGAAAGAAAUCUACCAUCUAUAUCUGGUCUAGCCCGUAUAUGACUCCAGACCUCUGGCACUGAGGUAGACUUUUAACUGCCCUCUGAAAUGGCUGAAGCAAGCCACUCAGAUCAAAGGACAAUAGGGAUCAGUAAGAAAUUUGGCCCAACCACUGAUGCCCAAUUCCCAUGAAUGAACUUCUUAAAAAAUCACAGGUAAAUCUCGGUUCAAUAGUAAUUUAGUUUGGGGUAUUCAUGCAAAUCAUUGGCAUGCCCAGAAGAACUUAAAUCCAACUAUUUUUCCCCCUCCUUUCUGGCGUACCUUUCUCCCUCUACCCCAUAUUUGAAGACAUUGACACCUUUCUGGCUAGCUGGUCACCUAAAAUGACCGCUCCCAGUGUUUGACGUUGGAUAAUGGGUGAAGUGAUUUGACACUUGGCAUCGUAGCCGAGCCUGACCUGGUGUCCAGCCAGCUGCUGAAUGACAACUUUGAGCAACAACCCCACAGAGCUUUAGUCUGCACCCCUUAUUCUCUACAGUGAGGCACUGUUAUGAUUCCCAGACUGAAAUGCAGUGGCCAAGCCUUGGACUUGCUGUGACCUCCUAUAGCUGUUCUUUGCUGCUUUAACUGGCUGCAGUAUCAACAAUCCCAUCAAAACCUUAUACUGCAUUACAGAAAUUGUGAUUUCUUUUCAAUUCCUCAGAUGCAACUGUGACAGCAUUCUUCAAACUGAGGAUUAGCAUGAGAAUACAAUGUUGCUUCCUCAGCUGGGAGUUCUUUUGUUGCGAAGUUGUAAGUGAAAUGUGAAAACAUAUUUAUCAUAAAACAAUUGAAUUCUUACUCGGUUUAAGCAGUAUGAAAAGGUUCCUGGUUAUUACUGAAUAAACGUGGAGGGAUUCUAGCUGAAUUCUUUAAUGUAGCUAUCAUCGCCUUCACCUACUCAGCACAGGUAGAUGGACUAACAGUAGGGUAAAUGUAUGCCACUGAAUGCCACAACAUUAAUUCAAAAAGAAUUGAUUCAUCUCGGAAGAAUUUUCAAGCAGUAAUCUAAUCUUGGUGGUGGAUGGGGUGGCGGGAAUGGGUGCUGCAUCAGCUACUGAUUGAUUGUUACUUUUGUAUUUCAACUCUCAAAAUUUGCAGCAUCAGCUGCACCAUUCAAAUGAGAUUGGUCGCCAAAAUAUUGAUAAUUUUCUGUAUAAGUGGUGUCAUUUCAAUACAUUGCUAAUAGUGGCAUAGAUAGCGUAAUAAGGAUAGGCAAGAACAAGCAAGAAGUCUUCGUUAGUCAGUGUUGCAUUGAAAAUAUUCCACAGAAAAUUGCAAGUUCCCAUUAUCUCUUUAAAAUUGCUGAAGCCAGAGCAUUCCUUCAAAUAAAGUGUGUGUUACUCGUCAGCCACUAGGUGGUAGGCUAACAUAAUCUAAUUUCUACAUUGCAUGGAAGGGAGCUUGAUGUUUUUAUUUCUGGAAUUUCUCAUAGCCAUAAUACACUGUCGAUAUUCCAGGAGUUAGAUUAUUUGUCUGAAAAUUGAGGCACUUUGUUUUGUUAUUGUACCCUACAGUCAACAAGAUUUAAUGAAAUAAAAACCGAAAGAACUGCGGAUGCUGUAAAUCAGGAACAAAAGCAGAAGUUGCCGCAAAAGCUCAGCAGGUCUGGCAGCAACUGUGAAGAAAAUAAUCAGAGUUAACGUUUUGGGUCUAGUGAUGCGGUGUUCUGAGGAAGGGUCACUGGACCCGAAACGUUAACUCUAAUUUUUUUUCUUCACAGAUGCUGCCAGACCUGCUGAGCUUUUCCAGCAAGGUUUAAUGACAUAUUAUCUUGUUGUUUCAGUCGUUGUGAAUAUAUCACUGAUGGUGAGGUAACAGUGGGGCUUUGUGAACAGUGUUUGCAGCUUCUGAGUGUGGUUAAAGGAAUAGAACUUAGGAUGGACCGUUGUGGUGGUGCUUAUAUUAGGACAUCUUUUGGAUUUUCAGGAACGUAAACCCAUGAUUGAUAUUACCAAAAUCACUACUGUUUGAUUUAACCAGUUUUCUUUCUCUUGUCACUUCGUUGGUGUCUAAUCUUUGCUAAGAUACUUGACCCUAACCUAGGUUUCAUGAUUUUUUUUUUUAAAAACUGACUCAAUUAAAUUUGUAUUAUUAAUUGAGUGGAGAUGGUGUUUUCUUUCAUCUCACUGACUGAAUGGGGAAGGAAAAGAAAUUCCUUAUAGUGGCACUAACAUGAGUUUCAAUUGCAGAGCUUUAUUUAACACCAGAUGGCAACAACCAACACACAAAUUCCCUUGCUGAAUGCAUUGCAGACUGUGGUGUAUUCUGGGAACUGAGGGUGCAAACUUGUCCAGAUCAUAGUCAUGUUAUUGUUUAAACUUGUUCCUGGCUAUUGGCAUUGUAGCCUGUUUUGGUUGCCUGCAAUUCUACACUGUUCAGUCAUCUCCGUUGUACUACUUCUGAGUUUGUUAUCCUUUCUGUUGUGUCCUUUUGUAUGCUUUGUAUAUUGGUAUUUUUCCCAAAUGGCUUUUUUUCCUUACAUCCUGAUAUAUGUAUUUGCAAUUCAGUUCGUUAUGUUCUCUUGAAUGAUUUUCCUGAUCCUUUCGUUCUCCAAAGCUUUUGAAUAAAACAGCCUUUGUCCUUGA